AUGAGUGCUAGAUCAUCCAUCCAUUCUGGUUCUGUGUUGGCUCGGCUUCUAUGGCUGGUCAUCAUUUCGUCUGCUGCUACCUGUUGUUGUUGUUCCAGUGCUGCUGGGAAUAUCAGUACUUCGAAUGACGUCAAUGUUCGGUGUAUGGCGAGGGAAAAACAUGCUCUUCUUCAGUUCAAACAAGGGUUGGUGGAUGACUCAAAUGAUCUAGCCCCUUGGGAAAUCAUGGAAGAUUGUUGCGAGUGGACAGGAAUUGCAUGCGAUUUCCAAACAGGUCAUGUCAUCAUGCUAGAUCUCAGUAAUACUCAUUAUUUUAGUUUAAGAGGUGAGAUUGGUCCCUCACUACUUGAAUUGCCAUAUCUAUAUUACUUGGACCUCGGUUCUAAUUCUUUUAAUGGAACGAUUCCCAAGUUCUUAGGUUCUUUGAGUCGGUUGAAAGUACUCAAACUUGGAUACAACAGGUUUAGCGGAUUCAUUCCUCCCCAACUUGGCAAUCUAUCCAAUUUGCAUACUCUUGAUCUUUCAUGGAACUAUGUUACUUCUGAUAAUCUCAAGUGGGUAUCUCGGCUUUCUUCCUUGAGAUACUUGAACAUGUCAGCUCUUAAUUUCUCUAGUGCUGUAAAUUGGGCCCAAUCUAUAAGCCAGCUCCCUUCACUGAUAUUGCUUCAGUUAGGUUCAUGUGAUCUUCCUGAUGUUGAUACGGCAUCACUUUCCUUUAUUAAUUCUUCGACCUCUCUCCAAGUAUUUGAUCUCUCUUUCAAUUUCCUCAUCAGUUCUUCAGUAUUUUAUUGGAUAGGCAGUGUCAGCAAGAACCCUGUUUCCAUUGACCUAUCUAAUAGCAGGAUUAAAGGUCCCAUCCCAGAUGCUUUCACAAACAUGGAUUCUCUGUUAUCUCUUGACCUCUCUUCUAAUCAACUUGAAGGUGGCAUACCAAAAUCCUUUCGAAGCCUAUGCAGAUUGGAAAAAUUGUAUUUAUUGUCAAACAAUUUUUCAGACAGACUUGAACAAUCUAUAGGCAACUUGUCUUGUGCACAGAAUACCCUUAAGUCACUCAACUUGAGUGAUAAUCUGUGGUGGGGGCCAUUUCCUGAUGAUCUUACAAGAUGUUACAGGUCUUUCAUUGUUAUCAUCGAUAGAUCUUUCCGAUAA